AUGGACACCGACGUUCCUGAGGACCAAUACAACGACUUUGAUGGACCAGCAGAUACCAGCAACAGCGACAGUAACGAUGUGCAAAGAGACGACGGUUCACCACCAAUAAAAAUUCGAAAAAAGCCUGGACGCAAACCCAAUCCUGCCUCGCCUGCACUUCGAAAAGCACAGAACAGAGCAGCACAGCGGGCAUUUCGCGAGCGCAAGGAAAAGCAUCUGAGGGAGCUCGAGGUUGCCAUCAAACAGGUGCGGGAGCAACGAGACAAGUUCCACACCGAGAAUGAGCAGCUCAAGAGCGACAACGACAUCCUAAAGUCAGAGAAUUGGUAUCUCAAAGGCAUCGUUCUUUCGCUUCAGCUGGUCUGCUUCCAACACAACUUGACAAUACCGCAGCAUGGGCCAUACAUUAACGACCAAACAUUGUCGGUUCUGGCCCAGUCCAUCCCAGAGCCGAUAGCCGCUUACCUCGAUGUAAACUCCAAAAGUAAAUUGCCAACUUUUUCCAAAGUAUACAACAACAACCGUCAUCGGCGCCAGCAACGAGACCGGUACGUUUCAUCUGGAUCCAUUUUGAUUACCGAGGACGGCGUUCGUUCGAUGCCCAAUCGCCAGCACACUCCUUCAAGCAGCACCGGAAGCAGUACCAACAGUGUCGACCUAAACGACCCAAACACGUUCCCGUCGCCAUCAUCUAGUGUAUCUGUUCCACGAGAAGACCAGCAACAACGCAUUUCCUUCGCCAACCUCCCUGACUUAUCGCCAGUACAGGAAACUCAAACGCACGAAGAAGAGCACCGUAGCAUGCCAAAACCUGUCAUGCUUUCAGACGAACCGCUCACAAGCAACCUUGGUGCUAUUCAAGCUCUGCGGCUGCGGCUGAGGUUACAGGCAGCAUGCGUGCGAAUGAGUUCUUUGCCAUUUGCUAUCCAGCCGACACUGUUACAACUCACGAUUCCACAUGAUCCUCGCAUUGACCUGAUUCCAACACCCCACAUGCGCGAUCGCAUGAUCCUUUUCCGAGAUCAAUUCAGUUUAGACGACUGCUUCCGAUGUUUGCUCAGCGGUUCGGUGUUCCAUGGCGGAGAUCCUGCUAUUGCAGGAAACUGGGAAUUACCGGUCGAGUUCUUCGAAAAGUAUUGGUUCCUUACGAUCGACUUUAGUUUACAACGUACAACUAAUCGAUGGCGGAGGAUGCAAGGACUAGAGGAGGUA